CAACUCUCGGAUCACAAUGGAAAGCUUCGAAUACCGAAGCAUUCGUUUCUCGGCAUCGAGGCAUCGUUGAGCAAUGGUCUCAACGGCGUGCAGAUGUUUGUGCAACACUGACUGGUUUCCAGAUGAGGCACAGGACUUAGACUUCGAUGGCUUGGGCGGGGCUGCUGUGCCCAUUCAGCCGGCGCGAUUUUCAGACCUAUUGGCCUACUCCACCGAUAUGGGUCAAUCCUUACGUGGAAAGCCCUUGCGAGCUGGUGACGUCUGGUUCUUGCGAUCAGAUUCCGCUGCUGAAAAGGUUCAGGUGGCUCUCUAUGUCAAUGGUCUCGCCAUCGCCCAUAACGGCAAAGAGGUGCGUGCAUGCUUUUCGCCCUUUACACUGGUGCGGAACUGCAAGUUUCAAGAUUCUGCGACAUGCAGCCAGCUCAUGUCUUUGAAGAUUUUCAAGAUCUUUUUCUUUGUGAAGAAUCUCUGUUACUUCUUCGGCGUUUCAGCGGAUGAUGAAGGACUGGCCGAAAAGGAGCGGCAACAGUGGGUGGCGGACGUUGCCAGAGCAGUGCAUUUGGUAACGCAAUCCUUGUUCCCUCCCUUCAGCAUCUCCUGCGAACCCAUUUGUGCAGCGGCUGUAACAGCAAGGAGGCUGAUGGCAGGUUAUGUCUUGUACCAUAGUGGGGAUGAUGUGGCCACGAUUUUAUAUGGCGAGCUGUCCCCUCACACUCGUGGUAGCGAUCUGGCCAGGCUCGCUUUCUAUGAAAACGAGCAAUGUCAACGUCUAGCGAUGGAAAUUUGGCUCUCGGUGGCCAGCAACUGUUUUGAAAAGGUAGGUGUGUCUUGCACGUGCUUCUGCAUCAACGGUCAUGACUUUUCUGCACGGACGAUGGCGGAAAGAAAGCUCUGGCUUCGAGCCAUUUCCAAUAUGAAGGUAAAGUUGCAGAAUGCUGCGCCUGCACCAAGUCGUGAAGAUUUGGCGCACUACCGAGAGGCCAUUGAGGAGCAGGUCCGCUCUUUGGAGAACAGCUUGGAAGGCCGGGGCCCCGUGGAUGCUUUGCUGCAACGGAUCCAGUGGGAGAGGUCCGAGAUCUCCCGGACAGACGAUGGAAGCAUCACGGCGGAGGAGGGCACGCUGGCCUCGAAGAAACCCAUGGCCACAGUGGCACUGUCAGCGGCCAAAACGGGCGCUGGCCGAAGUGCGGGUCCCUUGUCACAACGAAGUGUGGCCAGGGACUCCUCUCGCCCUCGGUCACCGAAACAAAGCUGCCGGGACUCUUUCUGAGAUGAUCCAACAAAAACAUCUUAAAAAAGAACAUGGAUCUGGUGGCUGAAAGUGGCUGCCGAUCUAUGAGGAUGCAACCGCAAACGGUGGGAAGCUGUAAAAAGAAGCAUGGUCC